AUGGUCGUCGUCGUCGUCGUUGUCGGUGAUCGUAAGAACGAAGUCGGCGCGGGCGGGUUGCAGAUGCAGGCCGUCGUCAUUUGCCAGCCGCGGACUGACAGGGGACAAGGCUCACCUAAGGUUUCCGCCGCCUCCAAAUCUCGACGCCCUUUCAGCUCACCAACAACUCAACUCUACGACAAAAUGAGCGACGGGGAAGAUUUCGAAGUGGAGGUUCCUGAAUUGGCACAGGAUGAUCCUAUGCGGGCAUUCUUGCCGCAGUCCUUUGGGAAAAGGUCAAAGGAGGCAGAUGUCGCGGCGCAAAUUGGUCGGACGAAAAGACAAGUCGAGAAAGCUCCAGCUGUGAAAGAUGCAAAAGCAGAAGAAAGGGUCAGAGACGAAGACGAACGAACCCGGGCUCAACAAGAGCCAGCAUCAAAGGAUUAUGGGUCCGACGAGGACGAUUCAGAAGACUCCGGCGAGUCUGACGACGACGAGUUUCCAACCUCCCACGAACUAGUCCUCAAAACCCACGAACGGGCAGUGACUAGCACAACUCUCGAUCCAGCAGGUUCAAGGCUGGUCACUGGCUCGACUGAUUGUACAUUAAAACUACAUGAUUUUGCUUCGAUGACACCUACGACCCUGCGAGCAUUCAAAAGCGUGGACCCCAGUGCAUCAAAGAUCUCGGCAAACUCAGAGACACAUCCUAUCAACCAUGUGGAAUUCAACACAUUAUCGCCAGGGUCAUUUCUAUGCAUAUCGGCGCAUCCUCAAGCAAAGAUUAUGAGCAGAGAUGGUGAUGUUCUUACAGAGUUUGUGAAGGGCGAUAUGUAUUUGAGGGAUAUGAACAACACCAAAGGGCAUAUUUCGGAGGUCACCACCGGCACAUGGAACCCGGUGAAUAAAAAUUUAUGUGUUACAGCUGGGACGGAUAGUACAUUACGAAUUUGGGAUGUAAACUUCAAACGAAGCCAGAAAGAAGUCAUUGUCCAUAAGUCGAGGGCGGCAGGAGCAGCUGGAAGGACAAGGAUGACAGCUGUGGUAUGGGGAAGCCCGCUCCAAGGUGGCAACAAUGUGCUCGUUGCUGCAGCUCUGGAUGGAAGUCUUGUUAUGUGGAGUGGGGAUGGACCUUAUGCACGACCCGCGGCUGAAAUCAGAGAGGCUCAUAAACCGAAUACCUGGACCGGCGGUAUCGACAUCAGCUCAGAUGGCAGAAUGGUGGUCACGAGAGGUGGCGAUGAUCUGAUCAAGCUCUGGGAUACGCGAAAAUUCAAGACUCCUGUGGUAACCGUUGCCCAUCCGUCAACUUCCGACCAUUACUCUAUGUCCAACAUUAAAUAUUCUCCUAACUCAUCCAAUAUCCUGACGGGGUCAUCAUCCGGUCAUUUGCACAUCCUGAAUCCCGGCAACCUCCAACCCGAACUUGUCACUCCUGUCACUCCCGGAUCCGCCCUCAUCACAGUGCAGUGGCACCCAAAACUCAACCAAAUCGUGACAGGCUCUACGAACUCCGAAGUCCACAUCCUCUACAGCCCUAAUACCUCCUCCCGAGGCGCCGUCGACGUGAUGUCUCGGGCACCCAAGAAACGACACGUGGAUGACGACCCCAACUUCACUACAGAUCAAUCCGGUGGCAUUUCGGGCGACAGCAUUGUCACUCCAGGCGGCGUACUUAGCAACACGAACGCGAACUCAUUUGCCGCUCGACAUCCAACAGUCGGGCUGACAGCCUCUGGCAAAUCGCGGGAUCCACGUCGACCCCAAGUGCCAUUGGUCACGCCAUUCAUGAAGAGCCAACCGGAUGAACAGCAUAUCAAUGAGAGCAUCCCACUCAGCAGUAUGCGAGACGAGGAUCCGCGAGAGGCAUUGCUGAAGUAUGCCGAACUUGCUAAGAAGGAUCCGCUUUUCACAAAUGCUUGGAAAGAUACGCAGCCUGUAACGCAAUAUGCGAAUGCUAGUGACGAUGAAGAGGAGGAAGGACCAGACAGGAAAAAGGCUAAACGUUGA